ACCAAGAGCCCCGCUCCACCAGCUGCCACCGGGAUGCCCCUCCUGCUGGCACUACUCCUGCUGGCCACUGCCACCUGCCCCAUGAGAGGCCAAGUCAUCACCAUUGAAUAUGAGCCUGCAAUCACUGACCUGGCGCUGGAAGGGAGCAUCACUUCUUCCACUUUCGUCCUGGAGCAGCCCCGCUGUGUCUUCAACGAGACUGUUGGUGACACCGACGAGAUCUGGUUGGUGGUUUCCCUCAGUAGCGCGACAUCCAGUUUCACCAACCCCACCUCCCUGCAAAGCCUCCCUCCCUUCCAGCAGUUCCCAGAGACCCCCAAUUACAUGACCAUGGGCACCUCCUCCUUAAACUACCCAUGUGAAAAGAGCUUGGGCCAGAUCACGGUGCUGCGCGUCGGGAACGAAACCGGGUGCUUUCUGAACAAAUCAAGACCAGAUUGCAAUGGCCCCCUGCCUGGUCCAGGGCCCUACAGAGUGAAGUUCCUUGUGAUGAGUCCUGCAACUGGCCUCAAGGCUGAGACAAGAUGGUCAGCCCCCAUCACGCUGAAAACAGUGAAGGACCACGCCAGCAUUGACACCUGGCCUGGAAGGCGCAGCGCGGGUAUGAUCGUCAUCACCACCAUCCUCUCCAUCCUCCUGGCUAUCCUGCUGGCCUGCUUCAUCGCCAUGCUGGUCUAUGGAUGUUUGGACAUUUCCGAGAGCGCGGAGAUAAUGGGCAAGCAGGACCCGGUGACAGUGAAGCGAUACAACACCCACCAUAUCUAUGACCAGCCUGCUUUCAAGAACUGAGGCCCUCCCGCGAGACAGCCAGCCCCUGUUACAACCCCAUCCCAUCAAGCGGGAGCUCCUCGGCCGACUCUCCGGCACAGCCUGUGUGCGCCGUGAACAGCACCUGGAGAGGCGGGGACCCAGGGGCAGUGAUUCUGGUGGAACUCCCCCGCUUCUCUGCAGUAAUAGUGCCAGUAUUAGCUGAGACUCCUUCCCCCUGCUCCUGCCAGGCUGUUUCUGCUCCCUCCCUUCCUCUCUCUGCUGCAUUCAUUAGCCGAGCUGAGUCCCAAGCCCCAAACCCAAAUACUCCAGUCCCAAGCUGCAGACUCAGAACCAGGUCCUCCUCCUAGUGCUGAUCCGCCGAUCACCCCCGACCUUCCCGGGGGAGAUAUGACGUUGGCGUCCGUCUCUUGGGCUCGGAUGCUGUGUCAAGAACCCAGUAGCCUGGGGCCAGUGUUAUUUCCAAGCCUGUGGUAUUUGAACCCAGGGGGCACUGGCCCCCUGUGGGUCUCUGGCUGCAUAG